AUGGGAUCAAGCACAAUCUUCAACUGCAUCUCCAACAUCUUUCCAGCUGCAAAUGUCGAAAGAAGGUCCUCACAGCGGUUCGAGCUCAGCAUCACCAGCUCCGGUGACAGAAAACAACUUCGACGUGUUCCUGAACUUCAAAGGAAGCAACAACCGAUAUGGGUUCACCGAUGUUCUCUACAACGGCCUCAUUGGCGCCGGGGUUCGCACCUUCGAGGCGAAGAAGAGCAUUUUGAGGGGGAGUACAUUAAGAAGCAGCUUCCCGAGGCAAUCAAGCUGUCAAAGAUCGACAUCCCGAUCCUGUCUAAGGGCUAUGCCUCGAGUAAAUGGUGCCUGCGAGAGCUGGCUCAGAUGGUCGGGUGGCUCAAAGAUGGAAUGAUCAUCAUGCCGGUCUUCUUCCACAUCUCGGCAUGGGAUGUGAAAAUGAAGGACGAGGAGGGUAUCUACACCGCUGACAUCAAGGCACACGAGAAGAAAGGAGUUGACCAGGAUACGAUCCAGAAAUGGGUGGAUGAUGCCCUCAAAGAAGUGACAUCUUUGAAAGGGCGGCAACUGAACGAUGUGGAUGGGCAAGGAGAAUUUGCGAUAAUGAUGGUCUCAAAAGUUAUGAAGAAAUUGAGAAAGGCUAAGCUCAAUUUGUCCGACAAAUUAGUCAGGAUUGAAGACCACUUGACUAAGCUGAGGAGAAAGUUGGAUACUGACUCUAGUGACGUGCGGAUGAUUGUCAUCUCCGGCAUUCCAGGCAUUGGCAAGACAACCCUCGCAAAGUCUCUCUACAAUGAUAUCUGCCACCUCUUUGAUCGUCGCACUUUUCUUGGCAAUAUUCAAGAAACUUCUGCAAAAAAGGGUGUUCUAGCUUUACAAAAUCAGUUGGUUUCUGACAUCAUCCAAAGGGACUUGGCAAACUUCAACUCGGUUGAGGAAGGAGUUAGCUUCCUCAAAGACAGAUUCAGCACAUUGAAAGUCCUCAUCCUUCUGGAUGAUGUGCAUGAGAAGACUCAGCUUGAAGCAUUGGUUGGAAGUCUCAAUUGGUUCGGUUCAGGGAGUAGGAUCAUUAUCACGACCAAAUAUAAAUUAGUUCUCAGUGGGCGUGAAGUAACAGAAACUUAUGAUGUCACAGAGAUGAAUCAUGGUGAUGCUCUAAAACUUUUUUGUAGACACGCCUUUGCAAAGGAUUGUCCAGAACAUGACUAUGUUGAUCUCUCUGAAAGAAUUGUGUCUGCUACUGGAAGACUUCCAUUAGCUUUUGAGCUCGCAGGUUCACAAUUGUCUAUGUUUCAGGAACAAAAAGAAGUAUGGGGAGCUCUGCUGGAAAAGUUAGAAAAACUACCUGACAAUGAUGUCCAGAAGAAGUUGAAGAUUCAUUAUGAACUAUUGAGCAGUUCCCAACGGCAUAUUUUUCUCGACAUAGCUUGUUUUCUUGUGGGAGAGGAUAAAAAAAUAGCAUCUUACAUGUGGAAGGAACUUGGCUUGUUCCCUUCUCUCGAACUCGAGAAGCUCUAUCUCAUGUCCAUGAUAAAGAUUGGAGAUGGUGAUAGGAUGUGGAUGCAUGAUCAGCUGAGGAAGCUUGGCAGGCAAAUUGUUCAAGACGACCGCACGAAACAUGGGAACAACAGUAGACUAUGGGCCACUGAAGCUCGGAAGGUUUUUAAACAAGAUGAGAGCCAAACGAAGGUCGAAGCUCUGUGUCUUGACAUGGAUAACACUGAGCAAAAAGUCAUGGAUGAUCGAUUGCAGGCCUGUUUGACUGCUGACGAAUUUAAAAGAGUGCCAAAUCUCCAUCUCCUCAUUUUGGAUCACUUUGAUAUCAAGCACGAUUUUAGCAAUCUUCUUUUGAAGUUACUUUGGCUCCGUUGGCAUGGUUGUCCGAGAGCGUUUAAUGUAGUCAAUUUGAAUUUGGUGGACUUGGUCAUUUUCGAUUUAUCGUGGAGCAAGGUAACUGAAGGUUGGGAGGGUUGGAAUAAUAUAAAGGUAGCUCAAAUACUUUGCGUUUCCCUUUUAACUUGAACACUUACUGCAACAUUAACAGAUUCUGUC